AUGAUGAGCUUGUCCGAGCUAGAGGUCCUCAGCGACGGUGCUGUCAAUGUGCUGGCCCUUUCUUGGCCCGACGAUGGGCGCACGGCUCCCCUUCCCGAGUCCCUCGCCAUCCCUGUGUUGAAGCGGCAGGAAGGAGUUCUGCUUUGCAUUCCCUGCGGCUUUUUGUCUCUGUCUCUCCUCGACCAAGGCGAUCAGGCAGAGGCCGUAUCGCUCGUAGGGCCGAGCCAUCUGACCAGGGUGCCUUUCGGGGUUACGGACGAACAGGGCUUGGAGGUCCCUUUGGAUUUGGACGGUGCGGUGACCCUUGUGGACUUCGGAGCCGAUGUGUUGCCUUUGCUUCGGAUGGUGGGCGAGGGGUUUGCUGCCGAGAACUUGUUUCCAUUCCUUAUGGAUCACCCCGAUGCUCUUCCCCUCUCAGAGGAACUCCUGUCCACAGCAAAGGCCUGGUGCUCGGUUUCCCAGCUCAGUGCCUUGUUGCCUCAGAUCAGCGAGCAGCUUGCCUCUAUGCGCGAGAAACAAGAGGGGGCCCGGGCUUCCUUUGGCCAAGCAAGCUGCGUUGGUUGGGCCGCCUCCUCGGACCAGGAUCCAUUUCAGGCAGCAUUGCUCCAGCAGAGCCAGGCCCUAUCGAGCUUAGUGAGCCACCUCGUUUCUCAGCAGGACGGGGGCCUUGGGGAUUUGACGGGGCCUUCUUCUUCAACGUCGAUCGGGGCAAAGGGUGCAGCUCGCCGCGAAAAGUUGCAGGCUGCUCUGGCCGGGAGAACAGGCGGUUUCUUUUUGGCCGUGGUGCAGCUGAUGUCGAAGCGGCUUCACCCCACCUCGCCCGUUCCAGCAUCUCUCGAAGAUUGCUCGGGGCAGGUCUCGAUGUGCAAUUACCUGGAGAGGUUCGGUGGUUUCGCCGGCCACCGCGAGUCAGGGUAUCUGAUGUGGUGCCUGGGUCAUGUGAUGGACUGUCUGAUAAAUCAGGAUGUGGCCGGGGCCCAGGAGCACCUGGCACUUACGUGCGUGGCCUUGGAUCAGAGCAUUCUAGACCGAGGCCGAUGGGACUUCGCUUGGCUUUUGACGCUGUUGGAGGAACCACCUUCUCAGUUGUUCCACGGCCGGGGCAUGUCGGCAAACCCUCGGACUCGGGCGUUCUCGCCUCUGUCGCCGGUGGCCUGGACCACUUGCGCCCUUCAGUUCCUCAAAGAAGUGGAUUUGAUCACGACGCGCAGGUGCGCCCAGCAGCUCCCGACACGACCUCCCCCCGGGAUUCCUCGAUCUGGCGCCUCGCUUCGCAGCUUCGGUUUUGAGACCAAGGCUUGCCAAGCCUGCUCCGCCUUCGGGCUCGGUCUUUCCGAUCCCUUUGCCUUUCUUUGGGCUCUUCCAGAGCUUUCCUUUGCAGAGUGGGAGGGCCUUUGGGACCCCGAACCUUAUCUGUCGGAUGAGCUCUACAUGGCUUUUCGUGACCCUUCUCAGGUCGCUGAGCUGGCUAGGCUUUGGGACGGGCUGGGCUUGCUUCGUCUUGCUCCUUCCCGUCUGGUUGUUUCGGAGGCUUACCUCCUUUCGCGAGCCUUCAACUGCUACAAGGCCCCUGACCGGGACCGGAUGAUCAUCGAUCGUCGCGGCCAGAACUUCGCUGAGUGCAAGCUGGCUGGGCCUAGUUUGUUCAUCCCUGUGGCCCCGAUGCUGGGCAUGCUUGAGGCCGAUCCCAAAUACCAGUCGGUCUACUGUGCUGCUACGGAUAGGAAAGACUUCUAUCAUCAACUGAAGAUUUCCGGCUCACGGGCUGCUGCGAAUGCUAUUGGGCCUGCUUUGCCCAGGUCCUCUGUCUGCUCUUUGGAGGCUUUUUCUUCAUUGCUUCCGCCGUGGCCGGACAGCCGCGAAACCCGUGCCGACUGUCUCCUUGACGAGCCGCCUGAGGAUGAUCGCGAUCCUCUUCUCUUUGAGGCUGGCCACUACCUCGUCUGCUUUUCUUCGGUUGCCCAGGGUGACCAGUUGGGCGUGGAGUUCGGGACAGAGGCUCACGGGUCGCUUCUUGAGUCCAGAGGCCUGCUUGGCCCCUCUACCCGAAUCUCUUCGAACAAGCCUUUCAAGGGCAGUCGCGGCGCUCAGGGCCUUGUGAUAGACGAUUUUUUCUCUGUCAGCGUGCAUGACGACGACGACCUUGCCGCGCCUGAUUGCCUUGAGCAUCUUGCUGCAGCCAAAGCCAUUUAUGCAACUGAGGGGCUGGAGGGCUCCGAUGACAAGGACAUCCGUGGCCUGACCUUUGCUAAAAUUGCCGGUGGGGAACUGAACUCUUCCUCCGGUGCUCGGAGCCAAGGUCUGAUCACUGUUGCCGCUCCGGCCUCCAAGCGCGUGGCCCUCUCCGUUGUGACGCUCGAGGCUGCUCGGUUUCAUCACAUCACCGAUGUUUUGCUGCUUUCGCUCUAUGGUCUCUCGAGGGCUGCAGCUCAGGAGCUGGUUUUGAUGAGUGUGCUCUCGCCUCUUGCGGCAUCGGAGAUUUCAGCCCCCCUAAGCCCUCUUCUGUUCGCCACCGAUGCCUCGGAGCACAAAGGGGGUUUUGUUGUUGCUGAAGUUGGAGUCGAGACCACGCGGCCUCUCUGGAGAACUGCUUCUAAGAAGGGCGGCUAUAGCAGGUUGUGGUCAAAGGAGGAGUCCAUUCUUGCAAAGUUUGAUGAUCGAGAGCCUCUUGACUUGAGGCUCACCCGGGACUCCCCUGCACCGAUCCCUUCCCGGCCUUUGGCUUUCUUCUUUGACUUCAUUGAGGUUGGCGUGGCAAAUGGUGAUGUCACUGGGUUUCUGGCCGACCGUGGCUACCGGGUUGGACCUAUCGUUUCAAUCAAAGAGAGCCAGGCCUAUGACAUGAUGCAGCUGAGGACACUUGAGUGGCUCAUUCACCUUGUGCAGCAUGGGAAGCUCAAGAGCUUCCUUUGUUGGCCUCCUGUUGCCACUUUUGCGUUCGGGGCUUGGCCGUCAUGGAGGACCCUUUCUGCGCCGAAGGGCAGGCGCUGGGCUUCAAACUGGUCCAGGCUUGUAUGCCUUGUCCUCCGUGUUCCACCCUCCUUCCGACCUGAGUUGGGCUGGCGCUUUCUGCAUCGUUCCUCGCGGCUCUUCGAUCCCACUUUGGGCUUUCCGGGUGAGGGGCCUUUCUUCAGGGUCCUUCUUUUCUGGGUUGGGGUUCAUGAGGCAGUAGCUGUUCCCAGCCAUGGCUUGCGCCCUCGCAACUCUGCUGAUGAGAAGCGUUCGCGGAUUCGAGCUGCUAUCACUCUGUGUGAGGGUCGCCCCGUUGAGCCCAUCACUCAGAGAAGGCGUGACAAGCUCCUGGAGGCCUUUAGCAGCUGGCUGUGCUCUCAGGAGAUUGUUUUCGCAGAGCUUCUCGAUCUGCAACCGCAGACUACACGCAGACUGAAUGGUCUCUUGGUACGUUACGGGCGCGAGCUUUUUGAGGCAGGAUGGCCUUACUCCCACUACUCGGAGGUCAUCAAUGCUAUUUCUGGUAAGGAGCCUGCCCUGCGCCGAAACCUGCAACCGGCCUGGGAUUUAGCUUUUGCCUGGCUACGUGAGGAGCCUCAUUCUCAUCAUGUUGCACUCCCUUGGCAAAUACUGCUUGCUUUGAUCACUACGGCUAUUAUGUGGGGAUGGCCUCGUGUUGCAGGCAUGCUGGCUUUGACGUGGGGUGCUUUGAUGAGGGUUGGUGAGACUUUGGCCGCCAGACGUAGAGACUUGCUUCUGCCAUCAGACGUUGGAGACACAAUGUCUUAUGGUUUGGUCUCUAUUCAGGAGCCUAAGACCAGAUUCCGAGCAGCUCGGCAUCAAUCGGCUAGGAUUGAUCAGCCCGAUCUUUUAGCCGUAGUUAAGCUGGCUUUUGGACAUCUCACAGCAAACAGCAAGCUUUGGCCAUACAGUGCUUCGACAUUGCGGAGUCGCUUUGACACUUUGGUCAAAACUUUGAAGGCAGAUACCUGGGAAGGCCAGGGCUCCAAGUCACUGGACUUAGGGUCGCUCCGUGCAGGAGGAGCGACUUGGCUUUUACAGUCCUCCGAGGAUUCGGAAUUGGUGCGCCGGCGCGGAAGAUGGCUUAACAGUCGCACAAUGGAAAUCUAUAUCCAGGAGAUUUCCUCACUGCAGUUCCUGAACAAGCUGUCUUUGUCGUCAAGACAACUGAUUCUCUCUUUGCUGGACAGUUUCGCUGAAGUUUUGCACGUGGCCGUGCAGCUUCAGCUUUUGCAUACACCGACGUCGUGCUGGUAUGCUCGUUUUUCCGUUGGCUAG